AUGGCAUGGUGCCCCCCUUCUAUUCGUCGUGCUUUUGCCGCCCUUUCAAGCUCCUGUUUCUUUGUUAUCGUCGAUACCAAUACUCGCAACUUGCUUGAAGAACUACGACAACUAUACUUCACUGAUGACCGCCUUUCUUCCGAACAAGUCUCUCUACGCGAUGUAUAUCGACCGCAGGCCCGGACAAGUCAGAAGCACCAUCCGGAAGACCAAACCAAUGAUAAGUCGGCACAUUAUGACAAGAAAGCCCAGGGUCAGGAUACGGGGUUUGCUGGAGCAUCUGUAACCGCAAACCAGUGCGGCGGAUAUACCGAGUGA